AUGGGUGGUCUCAAUCACUCGCCUCGACUGAAAAGCAGAACCGAAAACAGAACAACACAACCAAUAAACAAAGCAGAAUUGGAAACAACAAUGCCUUUCGUGCAAUCCAAGCGUUUAACACGAAAAGAUUUAGGUGUAUCUCCAGAAAUGUUGAAGCUGUUUGGUUUGAAGCCUAAAACGGACGAAAAUACAUGCCUCCAGCAUGUCAAAAAGCCAUCUGCUCAGCAGAAGACACCUUAG